GUAGGUCCCCGCGGGCGGUGGAGGCGGCCCCUCAUGCUGCGGCGCCCGCUGGCCGGGCUGGCGGCAGCCGCCCUGGGCCGGGUAUCCUCGGACGUCCUCCAAAUGUAGGAGGAAUUUCUUCUGGCACGGGAAGCUCCAGACAGCUUGUAAAACCCCUGCAGCCUGAGGACUUCAUGCUGGAUGCCAUUGUGGACCCUGCAGGAUGCUGAGGGGCAGAGAGGGGAAGCAGCCUGACACCCUCCCCAAGGUGGACCACACAGCAGAGCCGAAAACCCCAGGAGAUCAAGGGAUGUCAGGACCAAGGCCUGUUGUCCUGAGCGGACCCUCGGGGGCUGGGAAGAGCACCCUACUGAAGAGACUACUGCAGGAACAUGGCAGCAUCUUCGGCUUCAGCGUGUCUCACACCACGAGGAACCCGAGGCCAGGAGAGGAGAACGGCAAAGAUUACUACUUUGUGACCAGGGAGGUGAUGCAGCGGGACAUUGCUGCUGGAGACUUCAUCGAGCAUGCCGAGUUUUCAGGGAACUUGUAUGGGACCAGCAAAGCGGCCGUGCGGGCCGUCCAGGCCAUGAACCGCAUCUGCGUGCUGGACGUGGAUCUGCAGGGCGUGCGCAACAUUAAGAAGACUGAUCUGCAGCCAAUCUACAUCUGUGUGCAGCCACCCUCGCUGGAUGUCUUGGAGCAGCGGCUGCGGCAGCGGAACACAGAGACGGAGGAGAGCCUGGCCAAGCGCUUAGCUGCCGCCCGGGCUGACAUGGAGAGCAGCAAGGAGCCCGGCCUGUUUGACCUGAUCAUCGUCAACGACAAUCUGGACAAGGCCUACUGGGCCCUGAAGGAGGCGCUCUCCGAGGAAAUAAAGAAGGCUCAAGCAGCUGGUCACCCCUGAGAAGGCCCACCGGCUACGUCCUCCCAGUGGGGGCCUAGGGCCUGACACCCACCCUCAGUGGGUCAGGGUCUCCCAGCAGUGGCUCUGCUCACCUCAGCUGCCACCCAGGGGUCGGGGUGCUGCUCUUCUUCCCUCACCCCUCCACUGCAGCAGGAGGACCUUCUCUCUCACUCCUACCCCCCAUGCCCAUUUCUAGGCUCCCUCCCUGCCCUGCCCCGCUCCAUCACCACCCUCCCUCCUAUGGACGCUGGGCCAACAUCCAAAUAAAGAACUGCUGGAUUAGA